AUGUGUAGAUAUGAAAUAGAAAUACAAGGAGUUCAUGUAAAGGUGAGUAUAGUAGAUCGAGCUGCUCUUGUAGAUGCACAUAUUGCAGAGCUAAGGUCUUCCUUUGAGAGGCUGCCUUGUGUGGCUCCUCUUGUGGCAUUUGAUAUUAAGUGCAUCCCAAGAUACAAUGGUGCAGCUUUGUUGAUUCUCUGUGCAGGAAGUCACUGCCUCAUAGUUCAGCUCUACUACAUAGAUUCAUUUCCUGGAUCUUUGAAGAGGUUUUUGAAUGAUCAAAAUGUGUGUUUUGUGGGAGUUGGAGUGCAGGAAAAACUCAGCAAACUGAGACAUUGGCCACAGAUGUGUGGGUGUAAGACAGGUGUAGAAUUGGGUCAUUUGGCUGCUAGGGUUCUUAAGAAGCCCAAUCUUGAUGAUGAUGGGUGUGAUUUAGUUGAGUUAGCAAGUGAAGUUGGGCUCUUCUAUGGGGAACCCAAAAGUGUUAAUAAUGCUUUCUCAGACUGGACUGCUAGGGUUUUUUCACAUGAACAGGUAAAGCAUGCCAUCUAUGAUGCUUAUGCUUCUUAUAUGGUUGCAAACAGUCUCUUGAGUUUGCUUUAA